AUGAAUAGCGAAGCUUCUAAAAAGUUGUAUAAAAAGUCUAAAAUUAGACUGCCCUGGGAGCUGGCGUUUAUGUUUGCAGAGCAACCACUCGAUGAAAAUGAUGAUGAAAAUGAAGACGAAGAAGAGAUGGAAGCCAAUGUUGCAACGCUACAGAGACUAAAAACAGCAGAUGAUAGAACUAGGGACAUGACGAAAGAAGAGUAUGUUCAUUGGAGUGAAUGUCGCCAGGCUUCAUUUACGUUUAGAAAAGGAAAACGUUUUCGGGAAUGGGCAGGUAUAUCACAAUUGACUGAUUCACGGCCUCAUGACGAUAUCAUUGAUAUAUUGGGAUUUUUGACGUUUGAAAUUGUGGCCAACUUGACGGAAGAGGCGUUAAAAAUAAAAGAUUUAGAAGACGAACUUGAACUACGAAGUGGUAAAAACUCUAAGAAACGUAAGAGAGAUCACCAUUUGUUUGAUGGGCCUGACGAGCAGCAGAGGCCCAUCAUGGCCAGGCAUAUCCAAGAAGCAUAUCGCAGGCUCCAGGCCAAGCAACCGAAGGCUACCGCCUUGCGAGGGUUUUCAGGGGGAUUGGUAACGAUACGGACCAGGAUUAUUUAG